AUGUACGGUUCUCGGAGAGACAAGAGGAGCUUUAACGUGAGAGGGAACCACUCCGGUCACAACGUUAUCCCUGUUUGGCCCCUGUUUUUCAACGUCCUCUACAAUCAUCUUCCACUCCAGCUGCAGAAGAGCCCAUUCAGAGCCUUCCUUGGUUCUGGUUCAGCCGGAAAUGUUAUUGAUGCCGCCCUGGUCCAGAAACAUUGUUUACCAGUAUCCCGUCUUAUCAAGCCUCUGUUUAUUUCUUCUGUUAAUGGGGAGCACCAGAAGUUCUUCCAAGAAUUUGUUAAUGACAUCUUUGGUAAUCUUUUGUAUACCUGUGUGGUAGUCUACCUGGAUGAUAUCCUGAUUUUCUCUUCCAAUUUAGAACCACAUCGUGUUGCUCUUUUUGAGUGUUGCUGUCUCCUUGGACUUCCCUGGCUUCAACUCCAUUCCCCAACCCUGGAUUGGUCCACUGGGGAGAUCAGGACCGGAUUUUUCUUUGUGUCCAAAAAAGAUGGCUCUCUACGUCCUUGCAUUGACUACCGCGGUCUUAAUAAAAUCACGGUUAAGAACCGCUACCCCCUACCCCUCAUCUCUGAACUCUUUGAUCGCCUCCAAGGUGCCCACAUUUUUACCAAACUGGACUUAAGAGGUGCUUAUAAUCUCAUCCGCAUCAGAGAGGGGGAUGAAUGGAAAACGGCAUUUAACACCAGAGAUGGACACUUUGAGUAUCUGGUCAUGCCCUUUGGCCUGUGCAACGCCCCUGCCGUCUUCCAAGACUUUGUUAAUGAAAUUUUUCGUGAUCUCCUAUACUCCUGUGUUGUUGUAUAUCUGGACGAUAUCCUGAUUUUUUCUGCCAAUCUGGAAGAACACCGCCAGCAUGUCCGUAUGGUUCUUCAGAGACUUCGUGACAAUCAA